GCGACAGCUGACUUUUGUGCAUUUUCAUUUUUUCUUUUGAUUAUUUCAGUUCUAUAUUUUCGUAGGCUUUGUAAAACGCGAGAAAAUAAAAAAUAAUGUUCAAUAAUGCACUAAAACAUAUGAAAAAUGAAUGCAUAUUGGUGCGCGGGUACAGAAACGCUGUCAGUUCGGCGCUAACUAUACAAAAGUCUCCAUUACCGCUAUCAACAUCUGCACACGCACAGGUGCUGUUGAAUCAGCAGCUGUUAACAAAACUUAUUCACGUUCGGCAUUUUUUACGCAACCAACGGAACGCUGUUGUCGUUGAUGUUCUUAAAAAAGCGACAGUGAAUCGAACGUUUGGCUUCUCGGCUUCUGUGUCUCGCCUUUUUAUCUCAUCGCAGUUGUUUCGUUAUAAUAAUAUAACAUACUUAAGCUGUUCAACGUUGCUGAAUAACUGGCCGUUAUCGAACAAGCAGUUUAAUCGCAAUCACUCUUGCGCUAUCUUAAAGUUACCAGAUAAGUGGGGAAAAGUUAUUUUAAACAAUAGUUAUUACAAGAAUUCUUGUGCCAUUAUCACGCGUACCUUACUUGACGGAAUCUCUGCCGAUUCUGUUACUCAAUUAAAAGAAAAACCAAAAGAAGCUAUUAAAAAAGAAACCAUGGCACCUGGACCACAAAGAGUGUUUCAGCGUUUGCCCUCCGACGUAUUGCCAACGCAUUACCAACUCGAAUUAAAGCCCAAUUUGGAUUCGUUCACUUUCGAAGGCAACACAACUAUCGAUUUGAGAAUAAUUAAGCCAACAAGUGCCAUCACUUUAAAUGCUACAGAUGUUACGAUAAAAAAUGCCGAACUGGUAUUGGAAGGAAAAAUACUAAAACCUAAUAAAAUAAAAUACUCUGCAGAGAAUGAAAGAGCGUCGUUGCUGUUCGAUUGCGACUUGAAAGCUGAUGCUGUUGGGAAGUUAACUAUGAGCUUUGAGGGAGAAUUAAAUGAUAAAAUGAAGGGUUUCUAUCGUAGCAAGUAUUUUACACAAAAUGGUGAGGAACGUUACGCGGGCGUAACGCAAUUUGAAGCUACAGACGCUCGUCGUUGUUUUCCUUGUUGGGACGAACCGGCAAUAAAAGCCACGUUUGAUGUUAAAUUGAUCGUACCAGAGGACCGAGUUGCUCUAUCAAAUAUGCCAAUCGUGAAAGAAGAGAAAUUAGGUUCAGGUCUGCGAAGGGUAUCUUUUGAUCGCACCCCAAUUAUGUCAACAUAUUUGGUGGCAGUUGUGGUAGGCGAAUACGAUUACGUGGAAGGUAAAUCCGAAGAUGGAGUUAUUGUACGUGUAUUCACUCCAAUUGGCAAAAAAGAGCAGGGCUUGUUUGCUUUGGAAGUAGCUACGAAAGUUUUGCCAUAUUACAAAAGUUAUUUUAAUAUUGCUUACCCACUGCCAAAAAUGGACCUGAUAGCAAUCUCGGAUUUUUCGGCUGGAGCCAUGGAGAAUUGGGGCUUGGUAACUUAUCGGGAAACUUUUGUGCUCGUUGAUCCCAAACACACAUCUUUGAUGCGUAAACAGUCUAUUGCGUUGACAGUGGGUCAUGAAAUUGCUCAUCAAUGGUUUGGCAAUUUGGUAACCAUGGAAUGGUGGACUCAUCUGUGGCUCAAUGAAGGCUAUGCAUCGUUUGUGGAAUUUUUAUGCGUUAAUCAUCUAUUUCCUGAAUACGAUAUUUGGACUCAAUUUGUUACUGAUAUGUACACUCGUGCCCUUGAAUUAGAUUCACUGAAGAAUUCUCACCCUAUCGAGGUGCCCGUCGGUCAUCCCUGUGAAAUAGAUGAAAUUUUUGAUGAGAUUAGCUAUAAUAAAGGAGCAUCAGUUAUACGUAUGUUGCACGAUUACAUAGGCGAAGCAGAUUUUCGGAAAGGCAUGAACGUCUAUUUGACACGCCAUCAAUAUAAAAAUACCUGUACUGAGGACUUGUGGGCAGCAUUACAGGAAGCCAGUUCCAAACCUGUAGCAGAAGUCAUGUCCACGUGGAUAAAAUUAAAGGGAUUUCCUGUUGUAAGUGUAGAAAGAGAGCAAUUGGAGGGCAAUAGCUGUUUGCUGCGUUUACAACAAACGAAAUUUACAGCCGAUGGUUCUAAACCAGAGGAAGACUAUACGUGGGUUAUACCCAUCACCAUAUCCACCUCUAACAAUCCGAAAUUUAUUGCUUCAACCUUUCUAAUGAAAGAAAAGUGCAUGGAAGUGGUAGUGAACGAUGUAAGACCUGAUGACUGGAUUAAAAUUAAUCCAGGCACGGUUGGUUACUAUAGAACACGUUACUCGAACGGAAUGCUUGAAAAGCUCACGCCAGCUGUGAAAAAUAUGGAAUUACCGCCCUUAGAUCGUUUGGGUCUCAUUAACGAUAUGUUUGCAAUGGUGCAAGCAGGGCAAGCAAGUACAGCUGAAGCUCUACAAUUAAUCGAUUCGUACAGAAAUGAGACAAAUUACACUGUUUGGACGGCAAUAACUAACUCUUUAUCAAAUUUAUACAUUCUCAUAUCGCAUACGGAUUUAAUGGAUUACUUUAAUAAAUAUGGUGAGAAACUUUAUUGCCCAGUGGCUGAGCGUCUCGGUUGGGAGACACGUGAAAAUGAAAACCAUUUAGACACAUUAUUACGAAGUUUGGUACUCUCGCGAUUAGUCAGUUACCGCUGUAAAGAUGUCGUCACUGAAGCCCAACAAAGAUUUGAAGAUCAUGCUAACGGCGUUCGAUCUAUACCUGCAGACUUGCGAUCCACUUGUUAUAAGGCCGUUUUGCAAGACGGUGAUGAAGCAAUUUUUGAAAAAAUGCUGUCACUAUAUCGUGCCACUGAUUUACAUGAGGAACAAGAUCGGAUUUCUCGUGCUUUGGGUUGUAUUAGCAACGUAGAUUUGUUAAGAAAAGUGAUCGAUUUUGCUAUGUCGGGUGAAGUUCGUGCUCAAGAUUCCGUUUUCAUUAUUGUAGCGGUUGCCGUAAAUCCCAAAGGCAGAGAUAUGGCUUGGCAAUUCUUUAAGGAUAAUCAUCAAAAAUUAUUAGAACAGUAUCAGGGGGGCUUUCUGUUAGCUCGUUUGAUCAAAUACAUCACAGAGAACUUCGCAUCCGAAGAACGGGCCGUAGAAGUUGAGGAAUAUUUUAAGAAUAAACAAUUUCCCGGAACUGAGCGAACUGUUUCGCAAUCCGUUGAAACAAUACGCUUAAGCGCAGCCUGGUUAAAGCGGGAUCUUGACUCAUUAACCGAAUAUUUGAAAAAGCAACAGUAAAGAGCGAAAUACAUUUAUUUUCUUUAAGUGAAAAAGAAUCUUUUUAUAUU